CAGUUUGAGGCGACCCAUGUUCACCGCAAAGUGACGGUUCUCUCUCUUCCUAGUAUAGACGAUCUUUGAGUCACUCCUUUGGAGCAAAGACCCUCUCUCCUGCUGGAUGCUAUAGACGAUCUUUGAGUGGAUCUGUUGGAAACAGUAAAGUCCCUCUCUCCUGCUGGCUGAUCUGCUAGAGCUACCAGGACGAUACUUUCUGUUUUAAGACUUGACCUCUGCGCCACAAACGGCUUUGUUGCGUUAGUUUUCGUUCGGACAGGGGUACACUGAACCAAAGCGACGUUUAUGACUGCAGUCCCGCGGCUUUCAAUCGUAGCUUGCUGGCCUGCGAGGCUAGCUGGCUGGCUAGCGGAGCGCUGACGGAGUGGAGCCAGCUGGUCGGACGGAGAAGAAGACUCUGAUCCUGGAUUACCGACUUUACUCAAACUGAGCGCAAGUCACUCACUGCGGUAAUCAUGAAGAUAACCGUGGACUUCGAGGAAUGUCUGAAAGACUCCCCACGGUUCAGAGCCACCAUAGAGGAAGUGGAGGGGGAAGUGUGUGAGUUGGAGUCCAAGCUCGACAAAUUGGUGAAAUUGUGCAUUGGGAUGAUCGAUGCUGGAAAAGCCUACAAUGCAGCCAACAAGCAGUUUGUGAACGGGAUCCGGGAGCUCGCCCUGCAGUCUGCCAAAGAUGAGGUCAUUGAGUCCAGUCUCACGAAGUUCGCCGAGAGCCUUCAGGAGAUGAUCAACUAUCACACGAUAUUAUUCGAUCAGGCCCAGAGAUCGAUCAAGACACAGCUGCAAACCUUUGUGAAAGAUGACCUGCGUAAGUUCAAAGAAGCCAAGAAACAAUUCGACAAAGUCAGCGAGGAAAAGGAGACGGCCCUCAGCAAGAACGCUCAGGCACCUCGAAACAAGCAGCACGAAGUGGAGGAGGCCACCAACAUCCUGACAGCCACACGCAAGUGCUUCCGACACAUCGUCCUCGACUAUGUCUUACAGAUAAAUGUUCUGCAGUCCAAGAAAAGAUCUGAAAUUUUGAAAUCAAUGCUGUCCUUCAUGUACGCUCAUCUGACAUUCUUCCAUCAAGGUUAUGACCUGUUCAGUGAGCUGCAGCCUCUUAUGAAACAGCUGGGUGGACAGUUGGACCAGCUGGUGGUUGACGCUGCCAAAGAGAAGAGGGACAUGGAGCAGAAGCACUCAACCAUUCAGCAGAAGGCUGCCCUGCAGGAGGUGACAGAUGUUGACAUUUUACCAGACUUCCGCAACUUUUGUGCCUGGAGGUCGACCUCCGAUUUCUCAAACGAUGACACCAAACUGGAAUACAAUGUGGACGCUGAUAAUGGCAUCGCCAUGGAAGGAUAUCUGUUUAAGAGGGCGAGUAACGCCUUCAAGACAUGGAACAGACGUUGGUUCUCCAUCCAAAACAAUCAGCUAGUUUACCAGAAGAAAUUUAAGGACAACCCGACAGUAGUGGUGGAAGACCUGAGACUAUGCACAGUCAAACACUGCGAGGACAUCGAGCGUCGCUUCUGUUUUGAAGUAGUUUCACCCACAAAGAGCUGCAUGAUGCAGGCAGACUCAGAGAAGCUGCGACAGGCUUGGAUCAAAGCCGUCCAGAACAGCAUUGCCACCGCCUUCCGCGACAAGGGAGAGGAUGGAGAGAAGCUGGACAGGAAGUCCUCCACAUCAACGGGGAGUCUGGACUCCGGAGGGGAGCCGAAGGAGAGGUCACUGAAAGGAGAGAGCGCCUUGCAGAAGGUCCUGGCUAUUCCCGGCAACUCCUGCUGCUGCGACUGCGGUCAGCCGGAUCCCCGCUGGGCCAGCAUCAACCUGGGCAUCACCCUCUGUAUACAAUGCUCCGGCAUUCACAGGAGUUUGGGAGUACAUUUCUCCAAAGUUCGAUCUUUGACUCUGGAUACGUGGGAGCCAGAACUACUCAAAUUGAUGUGUGAGCUAGGAAACCAAGUGAUCAACCAGAUCUAUGAAGCUCGGCGAGAGGAGCUGGGAGCCAGGAAGCCCCAGCCAGGAGACCCCAGACACGAGGUGGAGGCCUACAUCAGAGCCAAAUAUGUGGACCGACGGUUUGUCCGCCGGCCGUCAGACGAGGAGCUUCGAAACAAAGUGGUUUCUCUGAGCAAACAGGAGAAGAGACUGAGCAGCAGCUCUGAGCACCUGCCUCCAAAACCGCCGCCUCCCACACCCAAACUCCAGCCGGGUUCUCACGGGUCAGGGCAGCCAGCUGCUGCCGGCGGCACGGAGGCCCGCCGCGAUUCUCUCUUCUGUCCCGAUGAGCUUGACUCGCUCUUCUCCUACUUUGACACCUCCUACAAGCUCAGGAGCAUGAAGAGAGAAGACAGUGGCAUUCAGAACAGUGCUGAUGGCAGCAGAGAGAUGUUGGCCACCACUCCGUCCAGUAACAGCUUGGCAGAUACAGAAGCUGCUGAGCCUGCACCCAUGCCCGCCACACUCCCGCCCCCGUCACCCUGUAAGGAGGUUGUCUUUUACGAGCCCAAGGAGUAUAGCCCGGGUCUGCAGCUCUACUGGGCAUCGUGCGCCCGCAGCCUGCCGGACAUGGCCGAGGCGCUGGCCCAUGGAGCCGAGGUCAACUGGGUCAACACGGAGGAGGACAAGAAGACGCCGCUCAUCAUGGCGGUGCAUGGGGGCUCGCUGGUCACGUGUGAGUUUCUGCUCCAGAACGCAGCGAACGUGAACCAGCAGGACGCUCAGGGCCGAGGGCCGCUGCACCACGCCACCACGCUCGGACACACGGGGCAAGUUUGUUUAUUUCUGAAAAGAGGAGCGAAUCAAAACGCUGCAGACAUCGAUGAGAAGACGCCUCUGAGCAUCGCAGUGGAGGCAGCAAAUGCAGAUAUUGUCACAUUGUUGCGGUUGGCGAAGAUGAACGAGGAGAUGCGUGAGGCGGAGGGGCCCUACAACCCAUCAGGAGAUGAAACCUACCAGGACAUCUUCCAGGAUUUCUCCCAGAUGGCCUCGAACGAUCCGGACAAACUGAACCGCUACCAGCAGUACGACACGCAGAGACCCUGACACAGAGAGAGGUCAGGAGACUCCACUGUGAUACAAGUUUAAACAAAAAUAAACAAAAAAUCCUGGAGCGUCGUCCAGCUUGUCCUCGCUCUAAAGCCUCAGACGUGGCUGAAGCUCCUCCUCAUCAUCGUUUUCAGGUUUUGUUAAAAAAUAAAAGCACUUGGAUCAAUUGUUUUAAGCUUCUCAGCAGGACUUCUUACAGUAAGUGAAUGGUACAAGGUUGAAGCGAAUAAAAAAUGAUUUUUGUUACUUUUAAGACAAAUCAAAUUCUGAAUGGAAAAGAAAAAUUCAUCAAAUUACUUUGACAGAGUCUCGCUUCUUUAAUAUUCUUUCUUUUAAACAUGAGAGUAUGAAAUGUGUCACAUAGAACCUGUAAAAAUAAGAUUUACAUUGUUUUUCUUCUUUUUGUAAUUUAGAAAACUCUACAAGCUUUUUACUUCAUUGCACUCGAUGUUCCCAAAACACAGCUGUUAUUAGUGUUUUAAAACUGUUUUUAUUCCUGUUUUCUUACUUUGUUUUUCUGAAUAAUAAGAAUUUCAAGUAUUAUAACCUGCAGUUUGUGUCAUCAGGACAUUUUGGGAUAGGUUAUUUGUAUUGUUUUGAUUUCAAGGAUUUAUUGUUUCAGAAAAGACACUUUUUGUGAGAUCGUUUCUAAAUAUUUCCGUUUAUAAACCUGAGCUGAUCGUUUAAUCAGGUUGAAGCUUUUCAGUGACAUUGUUGAAGUCCACAGAGGGGAGGGGGGCAUCAAUGUUAUCGGUGCUUUAGCCCCCAAAAUUCUCCCUUAUUCAGCUCCACAAUGCAAUAAUAAAUAAAUAUACAGACCAACAUGUAUUAAAGGGAAACACUUUAUGACAACAAAUGACACGACUUUCAGGUCRUAACUGGAAACUGUCUCUUUCCUCACUGUAAGUUCUGAAACAUUUCAUCCAGCCUCAAACUGAGAAUGUGAUAAGAAAUUACAGAACUGUAAAAAAAUAAAAACAAGGGGUCCUCAGUCUGCAGCCUUGAAACGGAAAAUUCUGUAAAACCUCAUCAGAAGCAGCGGUCUUAAAAUAUCAGCUCUGGAUUCUCAGUUAUAGAUUUCUUGUAUAAAUUUUUUUUUUUAGUCUGAAUUUGAAAAGCAGCGGAGAAAGUUGUGGCAGAAACAACGUGGGAUACAGUUCUUGUACAUUUUGUACAGAUGACUGAAAUGUGGAGUUAGAGGUACUUGAAAUAAGCUUUUGUAAAUGCUGUUCUGUGUAUCUGUUUUUGUUUUGAUAAUUAUCAGUCAUUUUAUAUUGCCUGCCUGUACACCAGUAUACAUGUAUAAUACACCUGUAAGGAUUUCAAUACACAGACGAAUGAUUCACUUCUGAAUGUUGACUUUUUUGUUAUUUUGAUUUAGGGAUUUUAAAUAAAUAUAUUCUCAAAUGUUCACAUUUCAACUCCUCUCAGAGCAAAUGUGUCAAAGAUUAAAGUUUUUUUCUGUUAA